AUGGGCUCUCUCUGGGUCCCUGUUUUGCUGCUUCUCUUCUGCUUCCGGAUUGGGGUGGCUAACAGCACCGCAGGUAAGGAAGUGGAGCUCUGCGGGCUGGGGGCGGGGAGGGGCGGGGGCGGUGGAAGGUCAGUGUCAGAAGCAGAGAUGAGGGAAACAAAGACCACUUUGCCUGUGUCACAGGCCAGAACCUUCUCCGAGGCAGUGCCUUCCACGUUCACAGCUGGGAUCACCACUCCUACCCCUCUGGAGACAUCAGUAAUAACUGGCAUAAACCCUGUGCUGCCCACCACCAGGGCCCACCCAGGCAGUGCUCCGACAGAUGCCACCCUAGUCACCAUUUGCACUGAGCACAGCCCAGAAGAGGCCAGGAGGAUUACAACCGACAUGUGGACCUUGGCUCACACCUCCCCGGAGACCGAGGGCCUCUCCCCAGGCAGCAGCUCCUCUUCUUUUGACACAGGCUCAGUCCUCGCCACCUCCCAAGCCCCUCCACCUGACCUCACAAGUCCCAUGAAGGCCUUAGUUCCCCACGCCACUGCCCAUGCUGAGGUUACCAACUACAGCCUGAUGCAGGUAGAAACAGCUACCGCCACCUCUAGGGCCUCAGAUGCAGACCUCCGCAGCCCAGGAGGGGAGGUCUUGUCCACCUUUGGAACCACCACUUUGUCUGCCUCCACUACAGCUGUGUCACACACUGCUGACGCCUCAACCUCUGCUGGGACCCCAGUCUCCGUGAUUUCUUCUUCUGCUGGGUCUUCAACUGUAGCCCAGAGCUUCUCGGAAGCAAUCAUCAUCAGCAGCACUAUACCUUCUCAGACCUUUACCUCCAACAGUACAAGCAUCGGGCUCUCUCCCACCCACAGCCACCCGCCCAUCUCUCCCCAGCUGAUCACGACCUGCAGCGGCCCAGAGACACCCACCCCCUCAACCAAGACCACACCCCCACCCAGGACCUCUAGGCGGCCCGCGGCUAUGCCCUUCACUCAGACAAGCAAGACUACAAAAGCAAUGCCCUUCACUCAGACAAGCAGGACUACAAAAGAUGACCCAGGUGGUGGCUUCCUCCUCCUGCGACUGACCGUGACCUCCUCCGAUGACCUCACGGACCCCAGGCUGGUGGAGAGGCUGAUUCAGCAGCUCUGCAGUGAACUGCCCAGCCACACACCUGCCAUUCGGGUCUCCUUGCUGCGCAUCACGAGGACCUAAGGAAUAUGUAGCCAGGAGGGUCCUGGAUCCCUCACAGAAGGACACACACUUAUGGAAC